AUCAAGUUGCAGCUUUCGGUACAUUAAAGUCCAUGCUCAGCAUGUCACACGAAAUUCGUAUUUUCUUAUUCAUAGUGUGCGUUUUUUAACAUAUUACGUUUGCAAAAGUGCGUUUAUUACAUAAAUAAUAUCGUGCUGCCGUAUCCAUUUCAAAUUCCGAAACGUAUGCAUCCAUUUCGCUCCUAAAACUUAAUUUUUUUUAGCGUCGAUAUUCAUUUUCCACAACCAUCACAGCGUCACGCGACGCGUACCUGACGUCAGCGCAGGCUCCUCCCACUCGCGGAGCGCGCACAUUCCUUUUGUCCAAGAUGGCGGAACAGAUGCAGCUGAGGGGACGCUAACGUUUGCCGUUUUGUUUUUAUCUGCGAAAUCCUCCACCCGGGCGAACGCUUUCUCGCGCAGACGCCGGCCGAGACCCUCCUCGCGGAUGCGCAAACCCCCCCGGAGCCGCGGGACACCACCUCGGAGCUGAUUUCGUAUUUUCGCGGCGGGAGCAUCGCUGCAAAAAUGAAGCGACAGGCCGAGCGCGACGCGAGCCCGUCCAGAACGCUCGCCAAACGCGUGCGCGAGCGGGAACGGGAUCGCGAGCCGAACCCGCCGCUCGCGCUGCUGCUCGCCGAGAGCCGGGCGUAUCACAAGCGAAGCCGCAGCCGAGAGCGGGAAAAACCGCGCGUCCGCGAGGAGAGGGACGGUCUGCAUCACCGCCCGCAUCACGAAGCUGGUCUGCUGGGUCGAGCCCCUCUCCGAACCGCGUCCGUCCUGCCCAAAGGGAAGACCCCGUCGGCGGACGCGGCGGGCGCGCGGCUGGAAUACAAGACGCUGCUCAUCAGCAACCUGGGAUCGCAGCUCACCGACGAGCAUGUGGAGGACGGGCUUUUUCACGAGUUCAAAAAGUUCGGGGACGUGAGCGUCAAGCUGUCUCACACGCCGGAGCUGGGUCGCGUCGCCUACGUCAACUUCAGGCACACGGAAAACGCGCGGGAAGCGCGUCACGCCAAAACCAGGUUGGUGCUGUAUGACCGUCCGCUCAAAGUUGAGCCCAUGUACAUGCGGCGUCGCAGCGUCACGCCUCCGGAUGUGAGUUACGUGUCUCUGCACAGCGCUGCCUACACUUACCGGCAGCGCUCGCUCUCACCGGGCGCCGGGAGCAGCGCCGUGCGGGAUGCGAGACCCAGGCACUACGUCGAGGGCGUGGGACUCAGCAGGGACCGUGUUUUGGACUAUUACAGCGCGCUGGAGGAGAGAAGCCGCGCGUAUGCCUAUCAGCUUCCCGAGGAGGACUUAAAGCCAGAGGACGACCAGAGGGCCACGAGGAACUUGUUCAUCGGCAACUUGGACCAUAACAUUUCUGAGGUGGAGCUGCGACAAGGGUUUGACAAGUACGGGAUUAUCGAAGAAGUCGUCAUCAAGCGGCCCGCUCGCGGGCAAGGGGGUGCUUAUGCUUUUCUCAAAUUUCAAAACUUGGAUAUGGCUCACCGGGCCAAAGUGGCCAUGCAGGGACGCAUGAUCAACGGCAACCCGAUUAAGAUCGGAUACGGGAAAGCCAAUCCGACGACUCGGCUCUGGGUGGGUGGACUCGGCCCGAACACCUCGCUGGCUGCUUUAGCCCGCGAGUUCGAUCGUUUCGGGAGCAUUCGCACCAUCGACUACGUCAAAGGAGAUAACUUUGCUUACAUUCACUACGAGAGCCUGGAUGCUGCCCAGGCUGCUUGUGCGCAAAUGCGUGGCUUCCCCCUAGGCGGCCCGAACCGUCGCCUGCGUGUGGAUUUCGCUAAAGCUGAGGAGACGAGGGCGUACCCUCAACAAUACCAGCCACCGUUGCUCCCGCCUCCGCAUUACGAUCUUCUAGCUGAAGGUUACGGGCGCCAUCACAGCCUGGAGCGGGAGCUGAGAGCGAGGGCUCGCUCGCCCUCGCACCCCCUGUUCGCAGAGCGAGAAAGAGAGCGCCUUUCGGACCGGGACUGGAGCCCGCCGAAAGGAACGGAGCGGAGGGCCAACGCGGAGGCAUUUGGGCGGGUCAGGCAGCGCAGCCGCAGUCGCAGCCGCAGCAGAGAGCGCUGGGUCAAGGAGCGAGAGCUGGAACGCGGGAAGAACUGGGAGGAGCGGCGCAAGCGAAGAAGCAUCAGUCCCAUCGACCGUCCUGCCGAGGAGCGCGGGAGGUCAAAGCUUCGGGGCGGAGCACCGUCUACUCCCGAAGACAGCCCUGAUAGGGGCCGCGGCCGUCUCCCGGACUCCACCUCAGAACCUCUCGACCACACCCCCGACAUCAGCAGACACUCCAGCGACGAGCGUCCCGCGCAGGACGAGCCGUCGCACCCGCGGAAGGAGGAGCGCGAUCGCAAUCACCGCAAAAGCGAGAGCGACCCCGACUCGCAGACCGACAAGUCCAAAACAGACUCCAAAAAGCCCGGCACGCUCUCCGAAUACGCCCAGACCUUGAGUCGCGUGUGGCACGGUUCCCUCGUGCUGAAAAACAGCUGCUUCCCCGCAAACAUGCACAUGCUCGAGGGGGGCGUGAACUUUCUCCACGCCCUCAUGAAGGACAACCAGGCAGGCGGCGCCAAGAUCGCGCAGCUCAAAAUCGCUCAGCGGCUGAGGUUGGAUCAGCCCAAACUGGACGAGGUGACGCGGCGCAUCAAGCUAGGCAGCCCGGACGGCUACGCUGUCCUCCUCGCCGUCCAGGGGCCCAUGGACCGCGACGCCCCUCCCCCAGAACCGGGCCUCCAGCAGCGCCUUCUCCGCAACCUGGUGACGUACCUCAGGAACAAGCAGGCAGCGGGGGUCAUCGGCUUGCCCCUCGGCGGCCCCAAAGACAGAGAAAUGGGGGGCAUGUUGUACGCCUUUCCUCCGUGUGACUUCUCGCAGCAGUACCUCCAGGCUGCUCUGAAAACUCUUGGUAAACUCGAGGAGGACCACCUGGUCAUCGUGGUCGUUAGAGACUCACCUUGACACUUCAAUUCCGACUCUAAAACGUUCCACACAGAUUCGAUGCCUUUUAUGAUUUUAGGACGGAUGUACCUUUUCACUUUAAUACUCCCACACAUCCCCCGGAGAAGUUGUUUUAUAAGCUUGCAAAUGGGUUUUAAAUUUCUCUCAGCAGUGUUCGAAAUUUUCCGUUUAAUUCUAUUUAAAAACGUUUUAUAUAAUUGCAUGCACAAGCAGUUUGACUGAAGCCCCGGUGGUUUGUUAUAACGGGCGUUAAUCAUACAGGACUUCCUUUCUAACUCAAAUUUGUUCGCGAAUCCAUUCGUCGUCGCUCCGUCUCAUUCGAUGUGCUCAUUAAGGUCUGUCGACGGAAAUUCGAGCGUGAUAAUUUGUUAGUGGCUUCUUACUCCGUAACGGUUCUUCCCUCCGAUAUCACAUCCGUUACGCAAACCCUAGCUUCUCUGAAAUAAACCCGUACUUGACGUGGCAGUAUGUUCAGUUCAGGUGAGGCGUUAACCGGCGGCAACUACCUCUUUGACCAUGUAACACAUCAGGUAUGCUUGACAAAAUGAAGUCAGUCUUCGAGCCCACUGCGUUUUUAUUGCGUUUUGUUACAAAUAUGCACCCGCAGCACUAACAGAAAGGUCACGUGACCACACCAGUACUGUAACACUAAUGUUUGUACGUGUUACGACACUACGGUUUAAGCUGUUUGUUUGUACACAGGAAUGUCUUCUCAAGCCUUGGCUGUUUUUCAACUGCCCUCCACCGAAUGACUAUUUGCCGAGUCAUUGAGCCAACGCGUUUUAAAACAAGUGCUACUCUAAAAUGUCCAGUGAUUUGAAAGUCAUGAUAAUGUAUGAAACAGAAACGAGUGUUAUUUUCAGGUUUUAGUUAACAAUGAGGGUUAAAAAGUCCUGCCAACACUACAACCCUUUGCACUGAACGGUCAUUUUCCAUUGUUGAUUUUUAAUCAUGUUAUCGUUUUGCCUUUCUUUUAUCACUCCUUUUUUUGUAAUACUAUUUUUUUUUUCUAGAAAUCUGUAUGCAAAACAUGUAUGGCGUAUAAAAAAAAAGUAAACAUUUCAUGUUCUUGUUUUUAA